UCGUUUCCUAGGAAACCGCGGCUGACGCCUGGCGCGGAUGGGGCCGAGUCGCUCCGCGGACCCUCGUCGUCCCAUGGAGAGUUCCGCCUCGGCAGUACAUAUUCCUGGAUCAUGAAUUACAUGAAGAAGGUUUAAAGGCCUGAUGUUCACCUGUAUUGGCUCAGGAAGAGAUUUUCUUUGAGAGUAGUUGCAGUGAUUUGCAAGUUUAAACACAGUUGCUGAUUAUGGCUCACCGGUUUUCAAAAGAAGACCUAGACGAACAGUUUGAACAGUUUUUGAAAGAGGUAUUGUUACAUAUUUUUUUCUUUGCUGUAUUCUUUCAGAGACAUACCUGCAGUUUUGCUAAACGUAUUAGCAUCUAUGAUUGACUUACAAGAUAUGAAUUCAGAUUUAUGGAAUUAACUUUUGGAAGACAUUUUCUUUUGUGAGAAAUGGCAAAAUAUACAUCUCUCUUUAGCUUGUUCCUAAUUUUUACAGAGCUUGGUGUAAACAAAAAGAUCAUGUUCUUUAUUAGUGUGUUUGACUGCUAAGUAUUUUCUUUAAAUGAAAGGUUCUGUAGCUAGUCACUGAGAUCUAUGACAGUGGGUGAUCCAUCAAUUAGACUCUUGGUUAUCAUUCUUUAUUGGAUGCCAUAGCAGGGAUCCUGUUGCUUCCUUUCUAAUGAGAGGUGAAGCAACUACAGUGUGCAUAUCACAACCAUUGCCAUAUAUGUUUUAGGGUAAUGUAAGUUCAGCAGCUAAUGCACAUAACAGCCAGCCAUUCUGCACAUUCACCAGGCCUCAUUGAGAAUGUGCACAUAAUCUGUCCAGUGUUUUGCACUCUGGGUUCAACAGUGGAAUGGAUUCAACUAACUGGUCCUGCUAGUGAAAGCCUGAUAAAGGACUUCCGCUAGUGUAAUGGAACUUCCCCCCACCCUUCCCUUCCCUGCCCAGCCCCCAAAUCAGCUCUGCAGAGAACUCCAGAACAGUGCACAGAAGGAGGAGAAGAGAGAUUGUUUCAUCAGACAAGCAGAAAUGCUUCCGCAGUUGGAAUGUUUGUAACAGCAUGUUGUUGAACUCCUCCUCUUAUACGUCGGGCAGUAGUCAAUGCUAGUCCUACUCAGAGUAGACCUAUUGAAGUUAAAGGACAAAGUUCAUUAAUUUUUAGUGGGUCUGGUCUAAAUAGGACUUGGUUGACUACAACAGGCCUUGGACACUGUGCAUAUCUCAACUGCAUUUUGUACAUUCUCUGGGAUCUUGAAGAAUGUGUUUAUCUGUAUUUUAGUACUGCCUCCCAUGCUGCUAUUAAGCAUAGUCCUAUAUGGCAUGUCUACAAGCACAGUGUGUGUGUGUAAGUAAGUAAGUAAGUAAGUAAGUAAGUAAGUAAGUAAAUAAGUGUAACCACACACUUGUAACCCACACAUGGUUUGGACACUCAGGGUUGUAUCCAACUAAGUGAUGCUCAUGAUAGACCCACUGAAAUAAACAAAGUUAAGUUAGUCAUUUUGACGAAACUCCGGGAGGCAGUGGAAGACAGGAGUGCCUGGGGUGCUCUGGUCCAUGGGGUCAUGAAGAGCCAAUCACGACUAAACGACUAAACAAGUUAGUCAUGCCCAUUAAUUUCACUACAUCUACACAAAGUAUUACUUAGUUGGAUGCAACUCUCAUCUUUUGUAAAAUGCUUAGUGGUGCAUGUCAUUAAUGAGGCAAUCUGAUUUAACUACACUGUAUGCUAGUUUUUCAAUGCUACUCUCAUGCUACAUUUGGCUUUCCAAUGAGAACCAUUGUUACUUAGAUCCAAAUCUCACCGCUGACUUUAUCUAACUGCUUUGUAUAUUCCAUGUUUUUGCACGGACAUACAGAGGGUUUUUUUUUUUGUCUGUUAAACAGAGCUUGGAAGGUACAGCUAAAAAGGCCUGGAUAAUUCCUUCCUUUUUUCAGUCUUUCUCAUUAUGGUCAUGUUCAUGCAAUUUAUAUAUCAGGGACCUGUAAUGCCAAUUUUUUGUAAGUGUUUUCUUUCCCAGCUGUUACUCUACUAUUUUUGAAGUUGACAAGAUGGCUAGACAUAGAAGGUUUCCAGAUCUCUGUUGAAACAUCUGGGGACAUUUCAGUUUCUUCAGUUACAAUGCUCUGAGGAGUAUCGGCAUCAUCCUAGUUCCACUUGCUGAGCAGAGGAUGCAGUUAGUCGCAAAAGAAAUAGCAAGUGAUAACAGAACUUGCAUCAAGCACCUGUCAGUAGCUCCCAAUGCAGUUGUUUUGUGGCUUCAGUGUUGCAUUUGAACUUGUGCUCUGCCUUAAAAAACAGAACUUAGCUUUGACUUUGUUAUUUAUAUGCUAUGCAUUAAAAUUAUAUUAAAAACAUAAAUCUGUUUUCUCUGGAUAGUUAAAUAGCUUGGAAAAGUAGAAAUAAAUGCUGUUAUUUUGUCUUUACCACUUACUUAAGGGCUGCUUCGUUUGCUAAGUUUCACUACUUGAAAUGUCUAGAAAAAGUCUAUAACUACUAUGUACAUUACUGUGGGUUGAUUCAGAUGUAAGACCAAACUAUGGUUUGUGUUUAGACUUUUUUUUUAAAAAAAAACACCUUUAAAAUGUAUUUAAUUGAAAUCAUUUCUAAACUACUUGAUACUUUAAAAAAAAUUAUAAGCAGCUCACAAGCAGUACAGACCAACAUAAAAGCAGUGAAACAAUCUCAUAAAAAAUAAAAGAUAAAACAGAAGACCUGUAGUUCAGUGUUCUAUCUUAUGGAUCAGGGAAAGCCUACACAAAAUGAUACAUCUUUACAAGACUUCUGAAGCAAAUAAUUAAUGUUGUGUCACAUACAGCAGAAGAAAAGACAUUCCAAAAAAGUAGGGAAAACCUUGAAAAAUGAUUAUUUUUUGGUCACCACCCUGUGAUACUCUGUAGUGUGCAGUGCCACAAGUAAAAAUUUCCCCAGAUCAUCUAAGUGAUCUUAGAAGUCUAUGCAAGCAAUCCUUUGGGUAAUUGUUGUGUUCUGCGCAUGGCUGUAGGCCUACAGAAAGUCCUUAGCAUAUGUCUGCAUGUUCUGCUACAGGUACAUAAGCAUCUUUCUUUCCCUUCCCAGGAAUGACAGUGAUGGGAAAUACUGGGGAGUAGUCAGAGAUUAAUUUGUCAGCUAAAACAGAAGAAGAGAGGCUAGAAACUGCACAAAUAUCACACUUUGCCAUAGAAUAUCAGUACUCUGGUCCUCCAGUAAAUUACCAUGGAAUUGAUCAUCAAAAUUAGUUAAAACCCAUUGAAUUGCUGCCAUAUGCUCAACUCUCUUUGAGAUCAGUGGAUCUUUAAAAAGCUUAACUUUGAGCAGGUCUAAUGUCCUAUUUUAUGGAGACCCAAGAAAAUAAACCGUAACAGCACAAGUGAUUCUUGCUUCUGAUUCAGUCCCUUUCAGAUGAUUCACUUGGAAAUGAGCCAAAGAAAAAAUCCAGCAUUCCUGACACUAUUGGGCAGGCCACAAAUCAAGAACUGAAGAAGAAUCCUGUGCCGUGGUGGAUAUCUGAGGAGGAUUCCGAUAAUGGUAGUGAAUUCUAUUUGAAUUCUGUGUGAUGUUUUUACUAUUUGUCACCACAAGAUGGCAAUCAAGGCCUUUUGUGUUCAUAGUUUUUUUAUGAUUAUUUUUUUACAAAUAGAAUUAUUGUAGUUCCUGUGUUAGUAAAGUAAUUUUCAGUUUUAAAGAUGCUGUUCUUAAAAUAGACUACUCAAGCAAGCCAUUGUGGAACCUGUGUGUCAAAGUAGGUGAGUGAUACAGCCUCUGUAUGCAAAACAUUUUCUCUGAAUGCUGUUUGAUUUUGUUUGUGCAAAGUUCUUGUACAAACAUCUUGUUUUAAGAAAAUGGCUGUUCUGCAUAUUGGGCGCUUCUUUCCAGGUCACAUAUUGAUUCCAGAAGCACAAAUUAGGUAGGCUCAUAUUUAAUUGUGAAUCAGUUUCUCCCUUAUCCCUAGUCAAGUGCAGUAGUGCCUGAGGGGUGAAUUCACGUUCUUUUGGGCCUCAUAUUUGGAGAAGGAUUUGCAAGGUUACCCGAGGACAAAAGUGUUGCAUGGAGAGUGCAGUCAGGAAUGUAUGCCAGCUGAUUAAGAUAGUGUACUUUGAUUCCUUUGGUCUUCAGCCAAGGUUGCAUUGGCCAGUGGUGGCUGUUUCCAGUCAUGGACCUCUAUACUUGGCAUGCUAAGACAUUGAUGCUGUCUCAAAGGUGCUUGCCCCUGCCAUUUAUUAAAUCCUUUUUCGGACUUAACUUGCUUGUUUGCUUUUUGGUAACCCUCCAGAAAACAAAAUUUGACAUGAUGUCCUUCUUGGCUUUCUACAUACGUUGUUUUUCUCUCAUUUCCCAAGUUUCUAAGACAAACAGAUUUAUCAAACAAGAAAAUGAGAAGAAACUAAUUGGAGCAAAAGAUGAAAUGAUUGAAGAUAGUGAAAACAAAUCACCACUGUCAAAUAACCAGUCUGGAAUACGCAGCGCAAGUUGUAGUUUUCUGAAGUCGCGAAGGCUUUCUCAUGCUAUCAUGGAAGUAGACGAAGAUCACGCAGGAAGCAUUCAGCUCCAGCAACCUAGUGGGGUUUCGGUUUCUUUAAGCAAAGAUAGCCUGGAAACUAAUGAUUCAGUUGUGGCUUCAGGGCCUCAUGAGAUCCUUUUGGGAGCCGGAUUGGAUACUUUAGAAGAACAAGAGGAAAAGGAGAAGUUCUUUGCGGAUCUUGAGAAAGGAGCAUCAUCUACGAUAGACUACUCUAGAUUGAAUAAGGAGCUGGAUUCCAAUGAUUCUGAAGGAUUAAGAGCAUUUCUACGAAAUCACUCUGAAGCCAAACAGGUAGAAGAAGGCAAUGAAGAUGAACCAAGGAACCAUGAAAAAUCCGGUGAUUAUAGUGAAGAUUUUGAAGAAGGUUCAGAAUCUAAUGAAGAGAAUAAAGCUGAGCAAGUUCUUAUGACAGAAGCUAAAGAAGAAAAGACUGGCAUGCUGGCUGAAGUUGUCCUUCUCGAUUCACAAGACUCAACCCUGGAGAUGCAAAAGAUCGAUGAGCAGCAGGAUGCAGCUGUGACAGAACACCCUCUACCUCAAGAAACCGCUGCCGAUGAAAUGAAUGGAACAGGUAUUUCUGGUGCACAAACUAAUAGUGAUAUUGAAGCUUUGCAUCAGGCCUACUGCCAUAUUGAGCAGUCUUUAGGAGAUUCUGAUGAGCAAAGAAUUCAUGGUGGUAAAAUAGAAGAGAACUUGGCUAAAGAUGUUUCACCAAACACAGAAGGCUGUCCCAAAAAUACCUCCACUACUGAUUCCGAUCUCCCCACCAUAGAAGAACUGAUGAAACCUAUCAGAGCAGAUUCAGAUUUUACCAGGGAUCCUGCAAGUCCUGUGAAAGCAACACACAACAGCACUGAUGAAUUAAUGAGCCAUUUAAUACUGAAAGAGCAGCAGAAUGCUGCUGCUCAGGAAAAGCAAAACAUUGGCUGUUCAUUGGAGCAGCAUAGUGGACAAGAGAAUGUUUUUGUUCAAGCUGUUGCAAAGGAAGAUGGUGAACUGAUUCCUCAACAAAGAACUGGCAAAGACAAACUGAUUGAUACACUUAAACAAGGUGUGUUGAGGCAAAAUAGUCUCCCAAGUUCUUCAGUAUUGCAUCAAGACAAAAAGACUAACCAGACUCGUCUGUCCAGCACUUGGACUAAAGAAGGUCUAAAUUCGGUUAUGAACAAACAGGUAACAUUCAGAAAUACAAAAAAUGCAGCUGCUGUACAUAGAAAGAAAUCUCUAAGUGGACCCCAUAGCUCUGUUAGGAGUUCUGGAUAUGGAAGAUCCAGUUCUCCAUUAAAGCACUUUUCCACAAUUAAUGAGAAGAAGACAUUAAAGGAAAACAUCAAAAAGCCAGUUUUAAAAACAAAAUCUCCUCCAAGACAAAAAGAAACAUUUUCUGGAACUAUGACAAUACAGACAGCAAACAAUCCAGUUUCUACAAAGAGAAAUUACUAUGUUACACCUGGACAGUCAUCUGCAAGCAGUUUUCAGCAGCCAACUAAAGAAAGUGACUCUUGUCUACAGACACACAAUCAGGUUGCCUCAUAUUCUCCAUCCCAAAAUAGUGGGAGGGAGCUUUAUUUACUAAAAAGAGUUCAGGAAGCAGAGGAAAAAUUGGCCGCAGCCCAUGAUUUGAUUCAGAAUCUAAAAGCCGCAUCUUUGCAAAAGGAGAAGGAAAUGGAGACUAAGAUCCUAGAAAUGAAAAUGCAACAAGAUAAAGACCUUUUUCAGCUAAACCAAGAAAAUUACAUUCUUCAAACACAGCUAAAUAAUAGAGAAGACCCAGACAAAGGAACAAAGUUGUCAAAUGCUUUGGAAAGAAUUCCUGAUGGAGAAAUGCUGAAAGAAAUCCAAAAAGAAGUCCAAAAUCAGGAGAGACUCCUUCAAGGGUAUCAACAGGAAAAUGAAAGAUUAUAUAAUCAAGUGAAAGAGCUGCAGCUAAAUAACAAGAAAAAUGAAGAAAACAUGUUUAAAGAGAACCAGCGUUUGAUGGCUGAGUUGGUGUCUUUAAGAGAGCAACAGGAUAAAAAUAACCUUUUAUCAUGUGGAGUGCAGAAUGCUGAAUCAGCUGGGAAUCAGAGUUUCACUGACCUGCUUUUAGAACUUCGAGCUGCCAAGGCUAUAGAAAGCAAUUUGCUCGAAGAGAGAAAGCGUCUAAAGCAAGACAAGCAAGCCCUUGAAGUAGAUUUGGUGCAAGUGAAGAAGGAACGAGAUUUAGCAAGAGCCCAGAUCACUUCCACUUCAGCUGAAAAAUCAUAUGAGAUGAAGAUUGUAGAAGAAUCAUACAAAGACGAAAUUGAUCGCUUGCAGAAAAGACUCCAGUGGUAUGCAGAAAAUCAGGAACUCUUGGAUAGAGAUGCAGCUCGCCUUCGAGGAGCUAAAGAAGAAAUUGAUAAACUGCAGCACGAGGUGGAUCAGCUUAGAAGUGAAGCUGGGAAUCAGUCUGCACAACAAAAGAAACGGCUGAAGGACAGGGCGGCAGAUGCCAAACGAAUUCAAGACCUUGAGCGGCAGGUUAAAGAAAUGGAAGGGAUACUGAAACGAAGGAACCCAAAUUCUUUGCCAGCUUUGAUAUAUGCUGCUGCCACGGCCACUGCUUCUGAAGGGGAAGGCAAUCCAUCAGCAAAAACGAAUACAGUGGAUUUUCUUGAGAGAAGAGUUAAGAAGCUGGAAGCCGAACUUGAGGGUAAAGAUGAUGAAGCGAAGAAAAGUCUCCGUGCCAUGGAGCAGCAGUUUCAAAAGAUAAAGAUUCAGUACGAGAAGAGGAUUGGGGAGCUUGAGCAGCUGCUGGAAUAUAAGUUGCUAAAUGAGCCGCAGAAGCAUCCGGACAAGGCCGCCACCCUUGCAGCUCAUGAAAGAGAACUCUGUAGUGUAAAUGAAGCCCACCAGAUCACAGUGCAAAACCUUCAGGCUGAAAUAAACUCUCUCAGAAACCAGUUAGGUCAGCUAGAGCUGCAGAAGAAAGCAAAAGAUGAUGCGGACCUCCAGUCGCUAGAAUACCAGGUGGAGCAGGCUCACUCUAAAGCAAAGCUGGUAAGACUAAAUCAGGAAAUGAUUGCCAAAAACAGAGAGAUACAAGACCUCACAAAAACUGUAGAAAGGCUUCAGAAAGAGAGGAGGAUUAUGCUCUCAUCUGGCAAAGCAGAUGCUAAAGAAAAGCCUUCAGGAAUCCUGAAAAAGGAUAUUGGCAAACCUAGUCAACUGAACCCCAGAAAUGAGGAGUUCUUCCCCGGCACUCUCGAUGAGAAAAUAUAUCAGCCCAAUGCUUUUGCCGAUUGUCACAUUUCAGAAGUCCUGCAAGAAAACAGCCGUCUGAAAGAUGAUGUAGAAAAGUUGACUCUAGAACUAAGCCAGGAAAGGAUAAAAGCUCAAGCAGCCAUGGCAAAUUCUGAAAGUCUUGUAAGAAGAGCAAAGGAAGAUUUGGAAGAAUACACUACAGCGCUUAAAGCAUCACAUCAAAAGGAGCUGGAGAAGAUUCUUUGUCAGUAUGCUAUGGAGCAUUCAACUUCCAAGGCAGCCGAGUUAAAUAGCAAAAUUUCAGCACAGGAGGUCUUUAUUAAACAUCUUCAGCAACAAGUUCGUGAGUUGCAAAGAGAUCAAGAAGCACUUGCGGUUUCACAAAAGCGGGAGGAAAUUCUUCAAAAAGAGAUGGCAAAACUGUUAGAAGAACUUGGAGAGGCUAGGGAGAGCCAGACCCCAGAGAUGAAACGAUUUGUGUGUCUAGAAAGGAAGAUCAAACACUUGGAGGCCAGAUAUGAACAAAGAGAACAAGAACUCCAGCAGGUAAUACAGCAAACACAGCAUAUUGCGGAAGUUGAACAAAUCCAGGAAACUGAGAAAUGGCGGAAGCUGGCACUGUUGAAGAACCAAGAGCUUGAGAAAUUUCGCAUUGAACUGGAUUCGAUUUUGGAUGUUCUACGGCAGCUGCAGAAACAGGGUGUUAUCAUUCCACCAAGUGGCCCAAGCAUUCCGGAAAAUGACUGGAAGACUAGAAAGCUCCUUAUUUCAUCAGUGAAACAGCUUUGA